AGUAUAUAGUAAUGCAACCAGCUGAGACACUUCCACAUGAAUUGGAGGAAGAGAUACUCUCUUACCUUCCAAUAAAAAUUCGCGCUCGAUUUAGUUCUGUUUGCAAAAGAUGGAACAAUCUUUUCAAGGAACGGAGGUUCUUCAACAAUUAUUUGGGUCUCGCCCGUCCACAAUUCAUCUUGUUUUCCGGGCCCAAGAUUUGUUCCGUGGACGUUAAUCUUGACGGUCCAUCUAUAGAGGUGUAUAAUUUACCCUCAGAUAUUCCCUCGUAUGUAUUUUCAACAAUGAUUAUGCACGUCGAAUACUGCGACGGGUUAUUAUCUUAUGUUACGAAUAAAGGUUUCGGGAUUUACAACCCAUGGUUAGGACAGAUUAGAUGGAUUAGAUCCAAUGUUUCAAACUGGAAAGCACCACGAGAUUUCAGUGGGAUGGGAUACGAAAAUAGUAGAGCUGACAAGCACUACAAGAUCUUUAGGUCUGAUUACCACUAUUCUGUAGACAAAACAUCUCUGGAAGGUAUAGUCGCCGAGUUUGGAUCCAAUGAAUGGAAAUCGUUCGAGAUUAAUGCAUUCGAGGAUUGGGAUAUAAGUAUGCCGUUCUAUAGUGUAUCAUUGAAUGGAACUUUAUAUUGGGUUGCUAUUAAUCAUGAGUCUCAUGAGUAUUUUAUUCAAAGUUUUGACUUUUCUACGGAGAGAUUUAAACCCUAUUGUAUCCUGCCUACUAAAAACGCUAACCCAUCCGAUGCUAGAUCACUUUCGGUAUUUAGGGAAGAUCAGUUUUCAUUUUUAGAGCAAGAUUGCUACAAAAGGAAUAUUGAAAUUUGGGUGACAAAAGAAAAUAUUAAAAAUGGGGAUGGAGAAGCUGUAGAGUGGGUGAAUCUGAUGAGUGUGUCAGUUCCUGAAUGGUCGAGUUUACGAUUCAGCUCCAGCUCCUACCCGCCAAGUUACUUCGUCAAUGAGGAUUAUAAAAGUUUGAUGAGUCUUGUAAUAUGUUGUUAUAACAAGGAGGGAAAAGCUUAUAUUUAUAUCGCCAAGGGAGAUAAGUUCCAUGAAAUUGAAAUUAAAGAUUUCGUUGAACCAAGUGGUCGAUAUUGUGCUCGUCACCGUACCUAUUUUUCCAGUUUGGUCCAAGUCCCUACGUUCAAGAUGAGUGGUAGGGGUAUAAUCACACAGCAGGAGGUUGAAUCCCGCUUCGCACGCCCCAGGGGAGUACAAGUGAGCGUUGGAGGAGACGAGUGGGACAAUGGCUUCUUCGAAAAUGUGAAGACAAUACUUGUAAAUUUUAAUAAUUAUGGCAUCAUCUUUGUCAAGUCUUACUGCUGCAAGGAUUACGUAGUUGUAGCUGGAGCAGCUCAUGGGGAUUCGAGAAUAACUUACGGGUUUACAGUUAAUGACGAUGACUAUAUUGAAGCCAUCGAGGGGACCUACACUGAGAGUCACAUCACCUCCAUCACGUUCCGGUCGCACAAGGGCCGUAACACGCAACUGUUAGGAGUAUUAGAGGGUAUGCCCUUUGUGCUUGGAGGAGGACGAGGCUCGAAGAUCAUCGGGUUUUACGGAAGAAGUUCUGAUGUUCAUCUCACUGCUCUGGGCGUCCAUCUCUCCCCCUCUCCCUAGAUUUUUCAUUUUCAAGAUGAAUAAUGAUGUGUAAGAUGGGAGCCUAGUAAUUUAUUCAAACUAACAAUAUAUAUUUUUAUAUUUACUAUAUAAAAAAUUGA